AUUAUAUACUUUUAAUAAAGCUGAGGUUUUUAUUUUAUUUUAUGCCGAAAUGGCGAAUCUAUUCACCGUUACAGCUCCGUUCCUUUCAAAGCCGUUCACGAAAACGGCGCCGUACCACCUGUGUUGCGCCUCUUCUUCCACUCCUCCGGAGCAGAACCCUCCUUCUCAGCCAGAGUCUUCUCCUUCUCCUCCUCCUCAAUCCAUAAAGACGGAGCAACCCGUCGCAUCGCAACAGAAGAGGAAGAAAAGCGUCGAGACGACGGAUUGGGUCGCUUCUUCUUUGACGCGGCGGUUCGGAAUCGGCGCGGGUCUUGCCUGGGCGGGGUUUCUGGCUUUCGGUGUGAUCUCAGAGCAGAUCAAAACACGUCUUGAGGUUUCUCAGGAAGAAGCUAACACAAGAGACGUCGAAGAAGAGAAGGAGAUCAUAUUGCCCAAUGGCAUUAGGUACUAUGAUCUGCGUCUUGGAGGAGGGGCAACACCAAGAGCAGGUGAUUUGGUAGUGAUUAAUAUGAAGGGACAAGUGCAAGAAACCGGACAAGUGUUUGUGGACACAUUUGGAAGCAAAGACCAGAAUAAGAAGCCAUUGGCUCUUGUGGUGGGUUCAAAGCCAUAUAGCAAAGGAUUAUGCGAAGGUGUAGAUUAUGUUCUGAGGUCGAUGAAGGCUGGAGGUAAAAGGAGAGUGAUCGUUCCACCAUCUUUAGGAUUUGGAGAAGAGGGUGCUGAACUGGAAUCGGGUUUUCAGAUACCGCCUUCUGCUUCGCUGGAGUAUGUAGUUGAGAUUGAAAGAGUCUCGAUUGCUCCUGCUUGAGUUCUAGAGCUUUGUGUUUGAUUACCAAAUCUUGUAUGAGAGAGAUUAUGGAGGGAAUAUUGUGAAGUAGUAAUAAAUUACAAACUUUUUCUUAAUAGAGAGACGUGCAUA